UUCUUCUACAUUUUCUUUCUCUCUCCUUCUGUUACAGCAGUUGCAGAGCAGGAGAAGAUAUUGGAGAUCAGAAUAUCGCAGACAUGAUUUGCCUCCAGAAUCUUCCAAGAUCCUCUGGUUUUCCUCUCCGUAGCUCCGAAUUCCGUCGGAGGAAGAAUUUCUGCUCCGUUAACACUCUGCGACUGAUGAACACGGCUGAUCUACGCCAAAGUAUGGCGAUCAAGGCAACUUCUGGUUCCACAUCUAAAGCUCAGAUAGGUGGUGGUGAGGUUGAUCUGAAGGAGGAGAAAUCUGAGGUUUAUAGUAACAACAUGACAGAAGCUAUGGGUGCUGUUUUGACUUACAAGCAUGAAUUGGGAAUGAACUACAAUUUCAUCCGUCCAGAUUUGAUUGUGGGUUCAUGCCUACAGACCCCUGAUGAUGUUGACAAGCUUCGUGGAAUUGGAGUAAAAACUAUAUUUUGCUUGCAGCAAGAUUCAGAUUUGGAAUAUUUUGGGGUGGAUAUUGGAGCCAUUCGAGAGUAUGCCAAGACUUUUGAUGACAUUGAACACUUGCGCGCUGAGAUAAGAGACUUCGAUUCACAUGAUUUACGGAUACGGCUACCAGCUGUUGUCAGCAAGUUACACAAGGCCAUAAAUCGAAUUGGAGGUGUGAGUUAUAUACAUUGUACUGCUGGUCUUGGAAGAGCCCCCGCUGUUGCGUUGGCAUACAUGCUCUGGGUCCAGGGCUAUAAACUUAGCGAAGCUCUGAAAUUGCUGCUGAGCAAACGCUCAUGCUCCCCAAAAGUGGAUGCUAUAAAAAGCGCAACUGCUGACAUUCUGACAGGCAUUAGAAAAAAGCCUGUUUCUUUGACAUGGAAAAAUGGCAAUUGCUCCAUGGUGGAAGUAUCUGGAAUUGAUAUUGGAUGGGGUCAGAGAAUACCUCUAAAACUUGACCAGGAGCAGGAUCUGUGGAUUCUUGAGAGGGAACUCCAUGAAGGGCGGUACGAGUACAAGUACAUAAUCGAUGGCAAAUGGACAUGCAACACAUCUGAGCUCGUCACCUCUGGCAACGAGGAUGGCCAUGUCAACAAUUAUGUUGACGUUCUUUACGAUGAUGAUCCGAGUAGUAGUGCUAGUGCAGCUCUAAGGAAGAGGUUGUGUGAUGAGGACUCCGAUCUUACGACCGAGGAAAGACUGAAAAUAAGGCAGUUCUUGGAAGCUUGUCCAGAUGAUGAGUACCUUAACACAAAUGUGAUACAUAAACCUGUAUAGUAGUAAAUGAUUACAGUUCUUCCCAGUUAUAUUUACAACAAAGGUUUUACCUUUUUCUACUUUUGGUGGGAAGGAAUUGAGAGUGGAAAAACUCUGUACCAUACGUGGUACGAAUACGAUCAUGUUUAUAGUAAUAAAUUGAUGUUACCAAGUACUUUUAGUUGCA